GCGAUUAUUAUGCCUAGUAGUCUAGCUUGCUUCCCAACCCAAUAAUAAUUUCCCCUUCCUGGUUCUGGUGACAGCUUCGAGCGCCACCACCUACAGAAAAGUUUAAGAUUUUCUUAAAUUUGAAAAAAUGCCUCUCCUUUCGCCUACUCUUUGCAAGCACCCAAUAAAAAGACCCCUGCUCUACUUUUUCAGUCAAAUUGUGCAAUAGAAAAGAAAAGACGCUGACACCGAUCACGUGAUCUAGCUCGUAGUCUCUCAUCUUAAUCCACAGCCUUUUUCGGUUCGAGUUUGGUUGCUCGUUGGCUCUUCGCUAUUCGCAGCCGCUCGCUCACUUCACAGUUCGUCUCCAUUGCGUGCUCUUUUGCCUAGUGAACUCUGGGGACCAUUCCCCACUUUCGCUUUCCCGAUCUGCUUCCGCAGGGCUAGGAAAUGGGUUUCAUCUCCCAGAAGGUCUUUCCAGCAUGCGGAAACAUGUGUGUCUGCUGUCCUGCUUUGAGGUCGAGAUCUCGCCAACCGGUUAAGCGCUACAGAAAACUAUUGGCUGAUAUGUUUCCGAAAUCCCCAGAUGGGCCUCCAAGUGACAGGAAGAUUAUCAAAUUAUGUGAAUAUGCAUCAAGAAACCCAGUCCGAAUCCCCAAGAUUGCAAAAUAUCUUGAAGAAAGAUGCUACAAAGAGCUCCGAUCUGGGCACGUCAGACUUGUAAAUAUUGUGACAGAAGCUUUUAACAAGUUGCUUUCCAUGUGUAAGGUGCAGAUAGCUUACUUUGCUGUCAAUGUUCUUAAUGUUAUUUCUGAGCUCUUGGGAUCUUCUAAGCAUGAUGACAUUCGGACCCUUGGAUGCCAAAUCUUAACGACAUUUAUCUAUAGUCAGGCAGAUACCACUUAUGCUCACAACAUUGAGAAAUUGGUGAGGAAAGUAUGCAUCCUUUCACAGGAGCAUGGUGAAUCACAUGCAAAGUGCUGUUUGAGGGCAGCAAGCCUGCAAUGCCUCUCAGCUAUGAUAUGGUUUAUGGCUGAAUUUUCGCACAUCUUUGACGACUUUGAUGAGAUUGUCCAUGCCACCUUAGAUAAUUAUGGGAGAGCUAGGUAUGGUGAAGGCGAUGACAUCAGGGCAGAGCCUCGUCAUAAUUGGGUGGAUGAGGUUGUCCGAUGUGAAGGGUGGGGUGGUGCAGUCAUUGGUAAUGAGAACCGCUUUAGUAGCUUGAUUCUCCAGCCUCGGCCAGAAAUAAAGGAUCCUUCCCAUUUGAAUAGAGAAGAAAUUGAGAAACCAGAAAUUUGGGCUCAAAUAUGCAUUCAAAGAAUGGUUGAGUUGGCGAAGGAAAGCACAACCAUGCGCCGUGUACUUGAUCCAAUGUUCGUCUACUUUGACUCUGGACGUCAUUGGCAUCCUCAGCAUGGGUUAGCAAUGAUGGUUCUAUCUACCAUGGCAUAUUUUACUGAUAAUUCAGAGAAUCAGGUGUUAAUUCUGGCUUCUCUGAUUCGUCAUUUGGACCACAAAAACAUUGUGCAUGAUCCCCAACUUAAAACUAGUGUCAUUCAAGUUGCUACCGGUUUAGCUAUGCAAAUUAGGUCAGUUAGAGGGUUGGUGGAGAUUGGUUUUGUUGGUGAUCUUUGUCGGCAUCUUAGGAAAAGCCUUCAAGCCUCCAGUGAAUUGGUUGAAGAGCAAGAGCUAAACUUGAAUAUCAUGCUUCAGAAUUCCAUUGAGGAAUGCUUACUAGAAAUUGCAAAAGCGAUUAUUGAUGUUCGGCCACUCUUUGACUUGAUGGCAAUAACCCUGGAAAAUUUGCCAGCUGGCAUUGCGGCCAGGGCAACCAUGAGAUCGUUGAUAAUACUCUCCCGUAUGAUAGCUUUGGCUUUACUCCGUUCACAUGCACAGCAGGCAUUCCCUGAAGUUCUUCUUGUGCAACUCUUGACAGUGAUGCUGCAUUUGGAUGUUGAGGCUCGUGUUGGAGCACACCAGAUAUUUUCUAUGCUUCUUUUUCCAAAUUCCUACCAUCCUCAUGAAUAUUCAGACCAACACAAAAAAUGGCAUACCCCUACUUCCACUGGAUCUGCAUAUGCAUCUGCUUCAGUUUCAGCUUUGCUUGAAAAGCUCCGCAGAGGUAGUGAUGGAACAAAGACAGGGAAUCAUGGCCAAGCUGUUCUUGAUGAUUAUAAGGAGAGGGAUAUUGUGGAAGAUUGGAAGCAGGGUUGUAGCUUGAAGAAUUCACCUAACUUUUACAGACUGAGCUCUAUCAUUGAUAAGACUACUGGAUCAUCAAAUCUGACUGACAUGGAACCAAACGUCUUGAAGCUAAGUGAAGAUCAAAUUGCCCAGUUGCUUUCUUCCUUUUGGGUUCAAGCCAAUCUUCCAGAUAAUUUGCCUUCAAAUAUUCAAGCUAUAGCUCACUCCUUCAUGUUAACACUAACUGCUUUACACACUAAGAACCUGAGAGAUAAAGAUAACUUGGUAGUCCGCUUCUUCCAGCUUCCUCUUUCCCUCUGGAAAAUGUUGUUGGAACCAAGCAAUGGAAUGUUGCCUCCAGCUUGUCAGAGGUCUGUAUUUGUACUGUCUGCAAGCAUGUUGAUGUUUGCCAGCAAAUUGUAUCAGAUUCAUGAACUGAAUGACUUGUUCAAGUCAUUAGCAGUAUCUGAAAUUGAUCCAUUCUUGGAAACCAGUGAUGACUUUCAAGUUUAUGCUAAAAUCCAUGUGGACGCAAGAGAAUAUGGUACUGCUGCUGAUAAUCAGCUGGCCAUGUCUACAAUUUCUGAGUUACAGAACAAAAUAUGUGAAUACAAGCAGGCCAUAAAGGAUAUUUUGGUUCGGAAUCUGGCGAACAUCACUAAGUUGGAUGCUGAUAGCCUUGCCGCACAAUUGGAAGAAGUGUUCAGGCCUGAUGAAGAAUUUAUGUUUGGGCCAAAAUCAAUUCUUGAUCAGAAUCACAAGAUUAUGCAUUCCAAGGAAUCAUUGUCAUUUGAUGGGGAUUUUCUCUCAAAUUCAGUAGCUGAAGAUGAUGCCACCAGUGAAGCAUCUGUUUCUGACGUGUCUCGGUUUGUUCCUAAGAUGCCUGCAUCCCCAGCUGUGCCCCAUCGUCUUAUCAGCAUUGGACAGCUUAUGGAAUCGGCACUAGAGGUAGCUGGUCAAGUAGCAGGAACGGCUGUCUCCACUUCUCCUCUCCCAUACAAUGCCAUGGCUAGCCAGUGUGAAGCCCUUGGGAUGUGUGCAAGGAAGAGGCUCUCAAACUGGCUUGCCUACGAGAACCAUUACAGUCAUACAGAUGAUAAAUCACUUCUGGCAUUUAAUGAAAAAGGAAUUUCAGCAAUUGAGAAGGUAGCAAAUGAUGGUGGACAUGCCCAUGUAGCUGCAUUGCCAGGGGACCCAUGGCUGGCCAUGAAGCUACCUCCUGCAAGUCCAUUCGACAAUUUCCUCAAAGCUGCUAGGUGUUAGAUGAUGUGAUAUUCUUCCCAGCAGUAGUUUUUAAGGAUCAGUAGCAUAACUUCCAUCGUGAAACAUGAAUAUCGCUUUAGAUGUGCUUCCGCUUAGAUUUAUAUUCCCAAGAACUUAACUAGUCUUUACCUAACUGCCCCCGCAUUGCAUAGCAUUUACUUGUUAUAACCCAGGGAAAUUCUGUACUUGAGCCUCUGGAUUGGAGGAACUGCUAUUCUGAGAGCUGUAAAAAGAUUUUAGGCGGGGCACAAUGGUCGAAUGACUCGUGUAACAAAAUUCCUAACUUGGUACCUACUUUGUGGAGCUGAUAAUCCCCGUGCGGGUUUGAUAGGUCUGUUUAUAUCAUUAGGUAUUCCAGAACCGGUACUGAAUAUAACUGCCUGACGACGGCUUUUGUAUUUUA